AUGGAAGUUCAUUUGCCUAAUAAAGACAAGCGUCCAUUAUCAGAAAAACUGGAAAUCACUGAAAACUACUUUUUGGGUAUUUUUACUUGUGAAGCGUUCCUAAAAAUUAUUGCUCUUGGAUUUAUACUUCACAGUGGAUCUUAUCUGAGGAAUAUAUGGAAUAUUCUAGAUUUUGUUGUUGUUGUCACUGGGUUUCUUACAAUGUUUAUGACAACAGGAAGUGGUGUAAAUCUACGAACAUUAAGAGCUGUACGAGUACUUCGUCCACUCAAACUAGUAUCAGGUGUUCCAAGCCUUCAAGUGGUCUUAACAUCCAUUAUCAAAGCGAUGGCGCCAUUGUUGCAAAUUGGAAUAUUAGUACUGUUUGCUAUUUUGAUUUUUGCAAUAGUUGGACUAGAAUUUUACUCUGGCGUCUUUCAUGUGACCUGUUUUGAACAAAAUAAUCCAACAGAACUACCAAGUUAUAUCCCAGAUGCUCCUGGUCUGGUGCCUUGCCAACCUGUGGACUCCCAUACACGACCACCAGGAGCCUUCAUUUGUCCAAGUGGCUAUGUGUGUAAAGGUUAUUGGGAAGGACCAAAUUAUGGCAUAACAAGUUUUGAUAAUAUUGGAUCUGCAAUGUUAACAGUAUUUCAGUGUAUUACAAUGGAAGGAUGGACAGAUGUAUUAUAUAUGACUAAUCGGACAUAUGGUUCACGUUUCAACUGGAUUUAUUUUAUACCAUUAAUUGUCAUUGGCGCCUUUUUAUUGAUCAAUUUAGUACUUGGUGUUUUAAGUGGUGAGUUUGCUAAAGAACGUGAACGUGUUGAGAAAAGACGAGCAUUUUUAAAACUACGUAGACAACAGCAAACUGAUCGCGAGUUGAACGGUUAUUUGGAUUGGAUACAAAUAGCUGAGGAAGUCAUUUUAGCUGAAGAACAAACUUCAUUUAUGCAAAGACUAAAAAUUAUUAAAGCCAGAAAACGAGCAGAAAAAAUUAGGAGGAGAUCGAAUGAUGCUGAGAAACGUGCUAUCGCCGCUGAACUGGAAAACUAUGAGGCUGAAUUGAAAGCAAAGAGAAAAUUCAAGAUACCUGGAACUGAGACUUUAUUUCAGUAUCAUAAACGAUUUCGAUAUGCAGUACGACGUCUGAUAAAAUCACAAAAGUUUUAUAUGUUUGUAAUUAUGCUGGUAUUGCUUAAUGCAUUAUGUGUCUCUAUAGAAUUUUAUGGACAACCAGCUUGGUUAACAGAUUUCUUAUAUUACUCAGAAUUUAUUUUCCUUGGUCUUUUUCUAUUUGAAAUGAUUGUAAAAAUUUAUGGACUAGGUUGUUUAAUUUAUUUUCGCUCAACAUUCAAUAUUUUUGAUUUCGCGGUUGUUUUUGCUAGUCUGUUCGAAAUAGUUUGGCAAAUUUUCUAUCCAUCAGAUUCAUUUGGAUUCUCUGCUUUACGGAGUAUUCGUCUACUGAGAAUAUUUAAAAUUACAAGAUACUGGGCAUCAUUACGCAAUCUGGUCUUAUCCCUAUUAAAUGCUAUGCGAAGUAUACUCAGUCUUCUGUUUCUACUUUUCCUAUUCAUGUUAAUAUUUGCAUUACUUGGAAUGCAGUUGUUUGGUGGAGAGUUUAAUUUUGACGAUGGCAAACCAGGUCAGAAUUUCGAUACAUUCGUAAAAGCUCUAUUAACUGUAUUUCAGAUUUUAACUGGAGAAGAUUGGAAUAUGAUUAUGUAUGAUGGAAUUCGUUCUCAAGGAGGUGUUAACAAUGGAGGAUUCGUGUACUGUAUUUACUUUGUCUUGUUAGUGCUGUUCGGUAAUUAUACAUUGUUGAAUGUGUUCUUGGCUAUCGCAGUGGAUAAUUUAGCUAAUGCUCAAGAAUUGACGGCUGCUGAAGAAGAGGAGCAACGUUUAGCUGACGAAUUAGCAGAACAACAAGAGGAGAAUAAAGAAAACUCAACAACCGAUUCCAAUCAACCACCGAAAAUUGAAGUGAAUCAGGUUAAUGAACGAAAAUAUUCAGAUGCAAGGGAGUUUGAAAAGUCUCUGACAGCUCAAAUGGGAAAUAAAUUUUGUGAUAACUAUAGCACAAUGCAGAAAUUUCAGACAGAUAUUGAACAAGGCAGAGAACAAGAGUCACAAGCAAACCAAGAGUCAGAAAAACAGCAUCAGUCAUACGGAAAACCAAUACUUCCUUAUAGUUCAAUGUUUAUCUUUUCUUCAACAAAUCCCAGCGUUGCACUAGCUGCAGAAGAUCCAGUCAGUGAAAAUAGCACAAGAAAUUGUCUACUGGAGUAUUUUGAUCAUGCUUUUACUUGUGUUUUUGCUAUUGAAAUGUUGUUAAAGUUAAUUGACCUCGGUGUUUUUCUACAUCCAUAUUCUUAUUGUCGUGACACAUGGAACUUAUUGGAUGCAGCAGUAGUAAUUGGUGCACUGAUAUCGUUUUUUCGAGCCUACACGCUGAAAGGCAAAGCAGCACAUGGAAGCAGUAAAAAUUUGAGCACAAUUAAAUCAUUACGCGUACUUCGAGUUUUAAGACCCUUGAAAACUAUCCGCAGAGUACCUAAGUUAAAAGCAGUAUUCGAUUGUGUGUUUAUAUUCUCAAUUGUUGCAGUCCAGUUAUUUCAGGGGAAAUUCUUUUAUUGUAAUGAUUUAUCAAAACUUACAAAAGAAGAUUGCCAAGGUUACUUCUUUUCAUAUGAUGAUAGUCUUUCACCUGCUGUGAAGGCUCGAGUAUGGAGUUCAAGAGAUUUUCAUUACGACAAUGUGAUUACAGCUAUGCUUACAUUAUUCACUGUUACAACUGGUGAAGGAUGGCCUGGCAUUCUGAAGAAUUCAAUGGAUGCUACUGAAGUCAAUCAUGGUCCUGUAGAAGAUCACAGUCAACAGAUGGCAAUUUUCUACAUUAUAUUUUUCAUUGUUUUUCCAUUCUUCUUUGUAAAUAUCUUUGUGGCCUUAAUUAUAAUUACUUUUCAAGAACAAGGUGAAAAUGAACUAGUCGAUCAUGAAUUAGAUAAGAAUCAGAAACAAUGUAUUGAAUUCGCAAUCAAUGCAAAACCUUUGUGUAGAUAUAUGCCGAGUAACACUGCAUCGACUAAAUAUAGAAUAUGGAGAUUAGUUGUCUCAAGUCCUUUUGAAUAUUACAUAAUGACAAUGAUUGCAUUGAACACAUUGAUAUUGAUGAUGAAAUAUUAUCGGCCAGAUUAUACGGAUGAUAAUAUGGGGAUUCCUGACUGGGAAACACAAAAAUAUCAAAAUUAUUGUAGUACAUUAGUCUAUUUAAAUACAGCAUUCACAGCGAUGUUUACUAUGGAAUGUUUACUGAAAUUAAUUGCAUUUGGACCAAAAAGCUACUUUCGGGAUUCAUGGAAUACCUUUGAUUUUAUUACUGUAGUUGGCAGUAUAACAGAUGUACUUGUUUCUGAAUUGCAAGAUUCUUCAUUUCUUAACUUAGGCUUUCUCAGACUUUUUCGUGCUGCUCGUCUUAUCAAACUAAUCAGACAAGGAUAUACAAUCAGAAUACUUUUAUGGACAUUUAUUCAGUCAUUUAAAGCCUUACCUUAUGUAUGCCUACUUAUCACAAUGUUGUUCUUUAUCUAUGCAGUAGUAGGAAUGCAAAUAUUCGGUACAAUUGCUAUUAACGAAGCUGAAGGACAAAUUACAAGUUACAAUAACUUUCACAGUUUCCCUUAUGCAGUCCUUUUAUUGUUUCGUUGUGCUACAGGUGAAUCAUGGCAAGAAAUAAUGCUUGCUUGUACUUAUGGACAAGAGUGUGUAAAUCGUUCAUCAAAUAAUUGUGGAAGCAAUGCAUCAUACGCUUAUUUUGUAUCAUUCAACUUUUUUUGUUCAUUUCUAAUGCUCAAUUUAUUUGUUGCUGUAAUUAUGGAUAAUUUUGAUUAUUUAACAAGAGAUUCAUCAAUUCUAGGAUCACAUCAUUUAGAUGAAUUUAUUCGUGUAUGGGCAGAAUAUGAUCCAGGAGCGAAAGGAAGAAUACAUUAUACAGAAAUGUAUGAAAUGUUACGAAAAUUGGAACCUCCUGUUGGAUUCGGUCAAAACUGUCCAUACAGACUAGCCUAUAAAAAGUUAAUUCGAAUGAAUAUGCCUGUGGACAGUACAGGAACUGUGCAUUUUACAACUACACUAUUUGCUCUGGUUCGUGAAUCAUUAGGUAUUAAAAUGGCACCAGCUGAAUUUAUGGAUACUAAAGACGCUGAAUUACGUGAAACUAUUAAAACUUUAUGGCCUGUUCAAGCGAAAAGAUCACUGGACCUGUUAUUACCACCUGAUUCAGAAUAUACAUUUACUCGACUAACAGUCGGUAAGAUUUACGCUGGACUACUCAUUUACGAAAAUUGGCAAUUGAAUAAAUCCAAUGGAAGUAAAGGGAAAAUGCAUCAACUAAGUACUAAGCCUAUACUUGAAGCAUGUUUAACUCAAAUGCUGGGACAUGAUCCAUUUCACAGUGGCAACCGUUUACCAAACUGUAGUAUGGAGCAUUCGCGUUAUGGCAGUAGACUAGAUCUUCGAUCAGUUAACAAUAUGGAAGCCAACCAUAUUCAUUUGGAGAAUAAUCCUAAAGAUCUUUCAUCAAAAUAUAAACAUCAUGCAAAUGAACUUAGAGAGAAAUUAAAUCAAACCAAACAACAACAACAAUUAAAAGAUGUUAUGUACAUGGAGAAUACAAUAAAAAAUAAUGGGAAUAAUAAAAACUAUGUUAAUGAUACUCAACAGAAUCAUCCAAAUAUUAUUAUAUCACCAGCUGAGAAAUAUGAACAAGAUAAUAUUCAUGAAAAUGUAAAUUUGAUCGAUGAAGAUGAUGUAGAUGUCGAAGACGGUGAGAGAGUUAUCCAACAAAUAGACAAUGAUAUGUUGAGAAAUUCAAUCAAUUCUUUAUCAGCUACAACGAGUACAGAUUAUACAUAUUAUCCUGAUUCAUAUCAUCAGUAUGAUUAUAAACUGCAUAAUCCUGCUACAACAUUACAAAUAAGACGAAAUUCACAAGUUGAUAAAAUUAAAGUAUAUACAAAUAUGCCAGAUGGUGCAGUUAUUUAUCAUAAUAAUACUAACAUCAGUUUGGACCCCAAUCAUACUAACAGAUAUUCUAGUUUGAAUAAAAAUCAAAAGUUGACUUUCUAUCCUCAUCCACCUGAAACAGAUAGUCAAUAUACAGUAAUAGAUCCAUCGUUCAAACAAUCGGUUGAAAAUUCUCCAAGUAAAAGUGGACAAAGCAAAGGCAAACAAAUCAGAAGAGAAUAUGAUUAUUCAUAUGGAAAGUAUAAAUUUAAUGCUUAUCAUCAGCAUACAAACCCGUCAAAUUUGAAUUUUGCUGAUGCUGUACACACUUUAGUCAAACAAGCCAAUGUAAUGGCCAAACGAAAUAGAAUCAAUAAAUAUUUAAGAAGAAGUGCCAAAGAUGUAGAUUGGGAUACAAUUUCAUUUCACCGAGUGAAUAUGAGUCCUCGAUCAAGCAGUCGUAACAUAAGGCAUUAUGGAAUUAGCACAUCAAGUCCUCAUAGACAUAAAAGAAGCUUAUAUAACGAAAAUCAUAUUAACUAUAGAAACUUCAACACAAAUUCUACAAAUUAUUUUCUACAAAAUUCGCAUCAUAUGCAAAACUGUACUCCGGUAAGAGACGAUGGAGUUGAUGAAGACAACUCUCUAAACGAAGGGUUUCAAAUAUCUGAUUCAGAACAUCUUCAAGAUAGUCGGUCAGUUUACGAUGAAGCAUAUGAUCAAGCUUAUGGACAUAUGGAAAGACCAGCAUCUAUUCAUGAUAUAUGUCAGCUAACUGAUAACGAACAUGUAGAGAAUAAAACAUUGGAUUCUUCAAGUAUUUUACGUCAUCCAGCACAUACUUUUCACAUGAACAGGAAGCAAGACCUCGUGUUCAGAGCGCAAAAGAUCUAA